AGAACGUCGUUACGGCUUCAGUUCGUGCUCGUCUUUCCCGGCGAGCGUUUCCGGCCUAACGUAAUAUACACGCUUUUUACUAGAGCCCAGCAUUGCGUAAAUUCCUAUUGAAACAUCACUGGUCAGUGAAAAUGCCACUUCGCGGAAAGUUGCGACUCUUAACUAAAGCUAUCCUAAUCUCAAGAGGUUCUCUUAGUGAUAAGACUUCAUGUAAUGGGUCAGCGACGCAAUUGGCCUGGAUUGCUGUUAGGCAUUUUUCACGCAGCCACACGCUCGAUAUGCGAUUCGUCCAGUUCGUAAACAAAAAUGGCGGCGGUCCUCAGCAUUUGGGAGUGCAGCUCAAACAGGGUGGAGAUAUUAUUGCAAUAUCGGCGAUCGACUCUCAAAUUCCAAAUAAUUUGAGAAAAUUCCUAGAAGGUGGAGACGAUCUCUUGAAAAAGGCUAAAAGGAAAGAUGAUUUCGACAUUCGUGCUGCCGUAGAGAGAAUAGUAGCUGAAGGCCGCAGUGUGAUACCGGAAGCAGAUGUGAAUUUUCUAGCGCCAGUUAUUCGAAUGGACAAAUUAGCCUGCGUGGGUCUGAAUUACAGUGGACACUGCACAGAGCAGGGUCUGGAACCUCCGAAAAAUCCUGUUAUAUUCAAUAAGUUUCCCAGUAAUAUUAUUGGUCCGUACGACGACAUACAUUUGCCAAAGAUAUCCGACAAAGUCGAUUGGGAGGCAGAGUUGGCUAUUGUGAUUGGAAAGAAAUGUAAAGGAUUGGACAAUCACGAGGCUGAAGAUUAUAUAUUUGGUUAUACAGUAGCCCAAGAUAUAUCGGCGCGUGAUUGGCAAAAGGGAAAGCGUAACGGGGGUCAAUUUCUCCUUGGAAAAGCAAUGGACACUUUCUGCCCCUUGGGACCAGUUGUUGUCACCAAAGAAGCCGUCUGCGACGUUCACAAUCUCUCUGUAAAAUCCUGGGUUAAUGGGAAGCUUAAACAGGAUGGAAAUACCAGUGAGCUCAUAUUUAAGCCGCAAGAUAUCGUUGCAUAUCUCUCGCAAUUCUUCACACUUCUGCCAGGAGACGUGAUUCUCACUGGAACACCGGCAGGAGUGGGAUUCACGCGUAACCCACCAGAAUACCUUCAGAGAGGAGACUGCUUAGAGACUGAGAUAGAAGGCAUUGGACGUCUGAAGAAUAAUGUUGUCUGAUGAUGACUACAGCCAUAACGUAAUACGUUCUGGUUUCUUGUAACUGAAAGUGUAUACUACCUGUGAGAUAUCAUGACGAUCUUCAAGACCAACGACCCAUGAAAAGAUCUCAUGUUUGCAAUACAAGUGUUUGAACUUACUAAAGUGGAAAAUUUAAUGCGAUUUUAACGCCAUACCUUGAGUACCAUGUGUCAUCUGGCGAGGAAUACAUCUUCGGCACAAUCAUAGGUGCUAAUAUCAAUUUGUUUUUGACGUUACACGUCUUACACACACUGUGGAAGAUAAUUUUUGUAAUUAUAUAUAUGUAUAUAUAUAAUAAUAAUAUAUAUAAUUCGUAUUGUUAUUCCCUCGUCAAAAGCGUGUUGAUUGAAGGCAUCAAUCUCGCAGAAAUGAUUGUAAGCCUCCAGAAAAACAAGUAUAAAGAAAUUAUGCCAGGUA